AUGGAUCCUUCAGAUCUCCUUCUCUUGCUUCUUCUAAUGUUUGCUUCCACCAUAAACGCCCAAUUCCCAGCGACCUACUGUGGUUCGACUGGCAACUUCACCGUCAACAGCACCUACCAAACCACCCUCACCACUCUCCUCUCAUCCAUCUCCACCACCAACUCCUUGUCCCUCUCCUAUGGUUUCUUCAAUGCCUCCGCCACCAUCUCUGGCACCUCCCAAACCCUCUACGUCUUUGGCCUCUGCCGCGGUGACUUAACCGCCAUGAGCUGCCGCGGCUGCCUUGAUGCCUUGGCCUCCGACAUGCGCCGCCUCUGCCCCCUCCAGAAAGAAGCACUCCUCUACACCGGGAACUGCAUAAUCCGGUACUCAAACGCCUCGUUCUUCGGCACAGUUGCCACAGAACCCACUUACGUGGCAAGAACCUCUGACGGUGUCUCGAGCCCGGAGACGUACAAUGGCGCGAUGAGGAAGCUCCUGAAUGGUCUGUUGGCCGAGGCAGCGGGUGGCGGCUCGCUGAGAAAGUACGCGUCGGGGAACGAAUCAGCGGGGCCUGACAUGAUCUACGCGUUGGUGCAGUGCACGCCUGACUUAACGGAGCAGCGAUGCGGCGACUGCCUGGUGUUAGGCGUCCAGACGAUCAGGGAUUGCUGCGACAGGUAUACAGGAGGACGGUUCAUGGUGCCAAGUUGCCUGAUCCUGUACGAGACCAAUCAUCAGUUCUUCGACCCAGUCAGUCAGCCACUUCCGCCGCCGCCACCAUCUCCAUCGCCAUCACAGGAGGCAGAUGUGCUGCCUCCAACUCUAGUUGGAAAGAGCGAUUCGACGAGGACUGUGAUGAUUGUGGUCUUCACAAGUGUUUCUGCACUACUUGUCAUCAGCAUUGUCGUCGUGCUCCUGAAAGUGAGAAGGAAGAAGAAGCAGCCCAGACAAAGUGUUGAAGGCGAGUCUUUAUCCUUUCGCAUUGGAACAGAAACUGUUCAUGAGGUUAAAAAAGAUCAGAAAAUAAUUAAGUUGACUAAAGACUAUGCUUUUACACGAUUUCAUUAUGAAAAUUAUGAAAAGAUAAUAAUGCUCGCUCUGAAUGACCGCAUUUUUGUCUUUCUAGUUGAAGGUGUGCAUGAAAUUAGCACAGCUGAGUCACUGCAAUUUGAUUUCAACACUAUCAGAGCGGCAACGGAUAACUUCUCUGAUUCCAAGAAGCUUGGACAAGGCGGUUUUGGAGCAGUCUACAUGGGUCAGCUCUCCAAUGGACAGGAAAUUGCGGUGAAACGGCUAUCGCAAAAUUCCAGCCAAGGGGAAGUAGAGUUCAAGAAUGAGGUCAUGUUACUAGCCAGGCUACAACAUAGGAACUUAGUUAGGCUCCUAGGUUUCUGUCUGGAAGGAGUCGAACAACUUCUCAUUUAUGAGUUUGUGCCCAAUGCGAGCCUUGAUCAGUUCAUAUUCGAUCCCCUGAAGCGUGCGAAUCUCAAUUGGGAUAGGCGCCACAAUAUAAUAAUGGGUGUUGCUAGAGGGAUGCUUUACCUACACGAAGAGUCUCGGCUUCGUAUUAUCCAUCGAGACCUCAAAGCUAGCAACAUUUUGUUGGACUCAAACAUGAAUCCUAAGAUAUCGGAUUUUGGUAUGGCAAGGCUGUUCGAGUUGGACCAAACUCGGGCCGAGACUAACCGAAUCGUGGGGACCUAUGGAUAUAUGGCGCCAGAAUAUGCAAUGCGUGGAACUUUCUCGAUCAAGUCAGAUGUGUUCAGUUUUGGAGUGUUGGUUUUGGAGAUUGUGAGUGGUCAAAGGAACACUCUUUUCGCCAUGGACGAUGACAUAGAGGUCCUUAUAAGCUAUGUGAGUAUAAGAACAUACCUUCUCAUUUUGCAUAAUAUUCCAAGGAUCAAUCUGCUCAAUGAUUGUCAAGAUGUUUGCAGGUAUGGAAGAAUUGGAGGGAAGGAUCAAUAUCAAACAUCAUCGAUCCCUCCAUGACUUCUGGUUCGAGUACUGAAAUAGCGCGGUGCAUUCACAUUGGCCUACUAUGUGUCCAAGAAAAUGUGGUUAGCCGGCCAACGAUGACCUCGGUCCUUCUCAUGCUUAAUAGCCACUCUGUCACUCUCCAAGUGCCAUCAAGACCCGCAUUCUACAUGCACAACAACAUCGAAUCUGAUAUGCGGUCCACAGAGGAUUACUGUAUGAGGGUAUCUGAGGUCGAGGAAUCAAGAAGCAAAUCAAACCAGUUCUCAAAAAACGAGACCUCUAUGACCGAGCCUUUCCCACGGUAGCCUUAGAAAAUGGGAGAUUAGUGUGCCCUGCACAUUACUUUUUGUGUUUGUCAUGGUUUUUAGAUCAUCAAAUUACAUUCUCAUGACUUGAUUCUUCCUUAGAUUAUUUAGGAGUUAUAUGCCUUCAUUGGCUUGGGAUUACAUCCAGAUUCAUAGGAUGUUGGAAGUGAAGGAUAUUCACGAAAAGUCAUGCCUGGUACUAUUUGUGUUAAGACAAGAACAGCCAGAACAGCUUGCUCUCAUAGAAUUCGUGUUGGACUAGGUUAUUUUAGGCGUGAUUUUAGGUAACCUCAACGUCGGUAGUUUGGUUUAAACAUAUAUGUAGCUGCCAAGAAAAUCAUGAGAAUUUGU